AACUUGUAAUAAAACAGGAGUCCCUGCAGGAGCGAUUGGCCCAGCUCCAGAGUGAAAACCUUUUUACUCCAUCAGCAAUGGGAAGAGAUGCAGAACAAGAGGAUCAUGAAAGAAAAAAUAGCGGAUUAUGGGCAGGAGCGUUUUAAAGACAUUUUCAACAAACUUAGAGCUGAUACAGAAAAGCAAGUUUAUCUAAUAGAAGAGCGAAACAAGGAUUUAAAUGCCAAGCGUACUGAUUUAAGGGAACAAGUCUUUAAAUACGAGACUGACGUAGUAGAAAGACAGGGCAUGUUUGGACAACUGCAGCAGGAGCUUGCUGAUGCACUUAAAAAGCAAUCUAUGCCAGAAGCUUCACUUGAAGUUACUACGCGCUACCACAGUGACCUGGAGAGAGACAAGCUGCGCUUGCAAAAGGAGUUGGAAAAAAAGGUGAAAACUAAGACGCAGAAGCAGAACAUGCUGGCUCUGACAUCCAAGGACUUGCACAGCACGUGGGAGGAGCACUUGAAGUCAAGAUCCCACCUUGAAGAGCGCGUUGCUCAGCUGGACGAGGAGAAGGCUGAACUGUUGCAACAGAGGGAAAAUGGAAGUACAAAGUCAAAACAGCUGCCAGCUCUCCUCUGGUGUGGCUGAGAAAACACCAAGAGGAGGAAAACCAGCAUGUGGCUAAGUAAAUGGCCACACAGAAGAGGUGGAGGUAAUGGCCGAGGGGAAUAAAAUGUUGAAGAACUCCAAAAGAUCAGAUUCCUCCACAAGCCCCUGCCUGCUGGUUGCUGGAAGAUCCCAUGAAAGCUUUGGAUGGAUCCAUGUUCUCCCAUGAAGUGCAUACCUACGUAAUCCCUACUAUGAGCAGAGGCACUGCCAAAAGUGUUCUCCAGCAUCUUUUCCACCUGUUAUGUCUAGAAGAGGAUGGCCUUUGCUUCAGCGAGGGCAUCUGUUUCUGUAGUUACGUAUUGGUCUGUUUGAUGUGAAACCUGAAGGGAUGGAAUAUCCUCAGGAAUUCCGUCCCGUGGCAUUCUGUGGAACGUGGCUAACGGAUAGAGACGUCCGGCAGCUUCUCUGUGGAGAGCGCUAGAUGCACAGACUGUACGUAGGUAUUUUUCCUGUGCUCUGUGUGUGUGAUAAAUCUUUCUUUUCUCUUUUGAAAGUGCGAGAGUGAAAGAAAGGAAGUGAAGAAGCUGGUAGAGUUGAAACACCCAGCUGAACUACGUCUGGCCCAAGAAAUGAAAAGAAACCUCGAUCUGCAGAAAGACUGUAAGAGGGACGGCUUUUUAGCGUGGUGAAGAGUUUGCUGUGCAGGUUGAAGAGGCUGCUGAGCAGAGCUACGAAGGAACUAAGGGUGUAUGAGGAGAGAGGGGGACUGUCCCAGCUUAAUUUGCAGGGAGAAGUGAAGAACAGGUAUUCUGAAGUGGUCAAUGAAAUUGGCAGAUUAAGAACAAAGGGAUCACGUCUACAAUAACAGAACGCUGCUAAUACACUGAGGAUCAGCUAAGGAAAGUGACUGUACAUCAGCCACUUUGGUCGGCGAGAACACUGCCAGAGCGAACAGGC